AUGAAGACGAGAGGCAAAACCGCCGCGAUGGCUAAAUCCGCGACGGCCCAAAGCCACUCCGCCCACGAUCCCGCGAUCGACAUGGUGGCCCCACCACCUCUCACCACCGCACCGGCCACCGCCGCCGAACAUGGUGGAACCUCCUAUCAAGGUGGGCUUGUUACCACCGCUGACUUAGGCCCGAUCUUGGAGCAACUUCAAGCGAUCCCUUCAUUGCCUCCACGCUCGACACACGCUCCCGCGCACACCUCCAAUGAAACCCUAGCCCGUGUGCAAUUGGGCUCCACACACUUCUCUCCUCCUGAUCCACGAAGUCAAGCAGACCUUAGUCUGAGAGUUGACCAGCUAGCUCAGAGAAUGGACGACCAAAGCGAUCUGAUGAGGCAACUCCUCCACCAAAUCAGCUUGGCUCAAAACCUUGGCCUUGGACAACUAGGCGAAGAGAGAAGGAUGGACGAACGCACCGGCAGGCAACUCAACGGGUACCCAGCAGGUCAAGCAGGAGUAGGCAGACAAGGCGAGGGACAACAACUUGAUCGGCCUACCGACAUGUCACAAGCAUCCGCGAGCCCCACUCGGAGCAGAUUAAGUUCGAGGAACAACGUGCGCGAGAGGCUAGGCCCACGACUUGACGUCCACGCCCGCUUGGGACCGCAGGGAAAUGUACUUCAAAGGCUACGCCCCCAGGGAGGACAAUCAGACAACCAUCGCAACGAGGAUCGUGAAGAAAGACGCUCAGCUGUCCACUCGCAGACGAACAUUCACGAGAGGCUACGUCCCCAGGGUGGUCAACCGGAUAAUCCUCACAAUGAGGACCGCGAAGAAAGACGCUCCGCUGCUCACUCACGAAGAGACGGCUCUCGUCGACCAACUACGGAGAAUCUCUCGCAAGCGCAGUCCACCAACACUCCGCCUAGGCAGCGCAGACGAGAAGGUCGACACUCGCAGACCCAGGAGGAGGUCAGUCAACGUCGCCCGAAUCGCGAUGGUCGCCAACGUGAUCGACCAACAAUGUGCAUAGAGGACGUCGAGAAGCUUAUGAAUGACCGACUUCGAGAUCUGAAGACUGGUGGGAACCUCGACGAUGCACUACGCAAGGAGAUCGACCAUGCAAGCUCCACACCUUUCACUGCCGAAAUCGAGCAGGCUGCUCCCCCAAAGCGAUUCUCCACACCCUUCGUUUACACACUUCAAAGGGGACUCCGAUCCCGAGAGUCACCUAAAACACUUCAAAAGUGUCAUGAUCCUCCACAAGGCCGACGACGCGUUGAUGUGCAAGCCCAAGAUUGGUUCCACACCCUGCCAUCUGGGUCGAUCAACAGCUUCAAGGAGUUGGCUUACGUCUUCACCAAAGAGUACACCUCUUACCGGACGAUCAAGAAGAACCCUGACCACCUGUACAACCUGCGCAAGAAGUCCGACGAAUCCCUUCGAGAUUACAUCAAGAGAUUCAAAGCAGAAAAGGCCAACAUUGUAGGAUGUGACGACCGGAUCGCAUCAUCUGCUUUCAAGAAAGGCCUCCCAGCUGAACACGACUUGUACCGCGAGCUGACUAUCACUCCCAGCCAGACUCUGGCAGAGGUCUAUGCGACCGCGGAACGCUACGCGCUCUGGGAUGACGAUCGAAUCGCCGCAAAAAAGUCUACUAAGCAUGAAGAUCAACCGACUAAGCGGGCAGGUCAAAGAAGCGAUGGAUUUACCAACAAGAACAAGGAUAGGCGCAGGUCACACCCACAAGGAGACGCUACAGCAGGAGAGAACUACACCAAGUUCACCAUCCCCAUACAUCAAAUCUUAGCCCAAGUGAAAAACAAACCUUGGGUAAGAAGACCGCCACCCUUGAAAGGAGAUCCAGACAAGAGGGAUACAAGCAAGUACUGUGCCUUCCAUGGGACACACGGGCACACUACCAAUAACUGCCUCGCUUGGAAAGCACACCUUGAAGAACUCGUGAAAGAGGGUCAUUGCACGGAGUUCAUCGCGAAGCAGGCCAUCCAGCGGAUUGAAGAUCGAGACACCGCCAAGGAACCGCCCCAGAAGGUCAUAAGGAUUAACACAAUCCUAGCCGACGCCAAGGAGUCAGGACUGACCAGCAAGGAAAAGAAGAGGAAGAUCAAACAGGCCACUAUGAUCUCCCAAGUCUCGACUGACCUUCUACCAACAGAAGACGAUCCUAUAAUCGGCUUCCAAAAGAAAGAUCUGAUCGGCCUCGACAUGCCACAUAACGAUGCCCUUGUCAUCAGCAUACAAAUCGCUCAGGCCAUGGUCGACCGAAUCCAUGCAGACGAGGGCAGCGCAGCCAAUAUCUUGCAACUGGCUGUCAUCCAGCAGAUGGGCUUGGAGGCAAAGAUCAACAAAUCAGCCAGAUCGCUGACCGGCUUCAAUGGCGCAACAACGGUUACCGUGGGCACAAUAGACCUUGACGUCUACUCCCCACCUGUAGUCUGCUUGCAAACGUUCAUGGUCAUUAAUGAGGUCUCACCCUACAACGGCAUUCUGGGCAGGCCAUGGAUCGGCAUGAUCAACGCCAUCACCUCUGCCACACAUCAGAAAAUUCGGUACCCAAUCCCUGGGGGCGGUGUUGGACAAAUCAACAGCGAUCAGGCAAUGGCGAGGAAAUGCUCCGCCCAAGGGCUGAAGAAAAGCAAGCAAGCGCAGUUCCUCCCAGUAAGCCAGGCAGAUCUGAAGGAGCAAUCAAAGCGUCAGGACCAAGCCGAGGAAAUCCGUCCAGAGGUCUUUCUUGAAGAAGGAUGGAAGCCCGAGGAGGACAUCGAGUUAAUACCCUUGGAUCCUGACCAGCCAGACAAAAAAGCGCGGAUCGGCUCGCGCCUAAGCCCAGACGAGAAGGUGGAACUUACCACUUUCCUCCAGAACAACAAAGAUAUGUUCGCAUGGUCGCCGUCAAACAUGCCUGGUAUCGACCCGAACAUCAUAUGUCACCGACUCCACGUCAACCCUGCCUGCAAACCAGUGGCGCAGAAGAGGCGCAACUUCGCACCCGAGCGGGUCGCCAUCAUCGAAGCCGAGAUUGAUAAACUCCUAGCCGCCGGCUUCAUUGAAGAGGUCUCCUACUCGGAGUGGCUCGCUAAUGUUGUUCUAGUGGCAAAACAAGAGAAGGGAAAGUGGAGAGUUUGCGUCGAUUACACCGACCUCAACAAAGCGUGCCCAAAAGACAACUUCCCAUUGCCAAGAAUCGACCAACUAGUGGAUUCCACUUCUGGCAAUCAGCUACUCAGCUUCAUGGACGCCUACUCCGGCUACAACCAAAUCUUGAUGCACGAGGAUGACAAGGCGAAAACUUCUUUCAUCAUCGAGAGAGGGACCUACUGCUACAAGGUCAUGCCUUUUGGGCUGAAAAAACGCCGGAGCAACCUACCAAAGACUGGUGAACAAAAUCUUCAAGGAGCAGAUCGGCAAAACUAUGGAGGUGUACGUGGACGACAUGCUGGUCAAGGCCCCAAAACGUGCAAAUCACCUCAAAAACCUCGCUGA